AUGGAGAGGAGCAGCGAGCCCCGCCAGCCGUAUCCCGCCGGAGAAGAAGGCAGAGGCGCCGGCGGCAAGCUCAGGAAGCGUCCCGCGAGAAGAGCUGCUACGCCUUAUGCUCGGCCGCAGCAGAGCUUAGCACAGCGCACGCGGCCGUGGCUCUCGAAGCUCGCUAACCUAGUUUUGCCCAGCUACUUCUCUCAAUCGGGCAAUGCCCUCCCAGCUCCUCCUGCUGCUGAACGAGGAGUUGGAGAUGAAGAAGAAGAAGAGGAUCACGGUGAGUCUGGCAAUCAGGUUGAAGAAAAUGUCGGAAGGGAUGAAAUCAGUUUGUCAUUCAAUCAUCUGGGUUCGGGAUCAACUGAACUUGGUGGCACUAAUGAAGUCACCAAUGAAUUAAAUUCUCGUCCAGAGAUUGAAAGAGUUGAAGAACAGCAUACAGUGAACACUUCUGAUCUUGAUGGGGUUUCGGCAAUCGAGCAGUUACUGAUGAACAAAAAGUUUUCUAGGGAUGAAGUCAAUCGGUUGAUUGAGAUAAUUCACUCAAGGGCUGCUAAUUCUCCCAACAAGGAGGAAGAGAAGCAGCAUUCUGGUAUGUUUGGGCGGGAUGCUGGACCUUCGGCUUUCCUUGAAGAUUCACAAAGGUGCAGAGAAGCUGAGAAGAAGCACACGAGUUCAAUUACACAAGGCAUUUUCCAGCCUGCAGCUUGGGCUGAAACUUCAAGAAAGUCUACUGAAGUACAACAUGAAGAUACGAACAGAACAACUUGGGGAGGCUCAACUCCUCUUAUCCAGUCGACUGUUGAAGAUGAAGUUGGUGCUUCACCAAUCCAAAUUGCCAAAGCGUACAUGCAAAAACGGACAUCAGGAUUAGGAUUAGAGGAUGCAGCUGUAAAAGAUGAAGGGCCUUCUUCUCGUGGAGAUGAGAUGGCACUACAACCAUUUACCCCUUCAUCUUUUAUCAGGCCGUCACCAUGCUGGCCAGGUGCCAGGGUGCGAGAUCAGAAUGAGUAUGCUGCACCCCUCAGCCAAAGCGGGAGAUUCGGGCUCCAAAGUUUUCCUAGGACCCCUUAUUCUAGAGCUAUUGCCUCAAAAUCAAAGUCCAAGCUGAUUCAAUUGCAAGGGAGCAGUAGAAGAUCCCUGAACAUGCCGUCAACUCCAUUUCAGCCGCCUCAAUCAUCAACUUUUGGGCAGUUCAGUUCAAGGGAGAGGAAGUUGGAUAUUGGUGAAGGAUCUGUAGGACCUAUCCGAAGAACAAGAAGGCAGGGUGCUGCUGUAGAGCUUUCAGCUAGAGGAUCUCCAUUUGUCAGGCCAUCUGUGGAUACUCCUAAAGUUGAAAACAUCAAUGUGCCAGAGGGGAUAUUUUCCGCUUGGAAGAAAGACUCAGAAACAGGAAGAAAGCCUCAUUCCGAAGUCAGUACUCCUACCAUUCCUUCACAUUCUAGCCAGGUAGCUCGCAAGAUUUUGGAGCAUCUGGACAGAAACCCAGUUACUCCAAAGCAAAAGUCUGAUGAAUUAAGGCUCACCACUUCAUGGAAGAAGCCUGAGUCUUCUUCUGACAUAACUGCUUUCACGCCACUCAAGCAUAAUAGAUUGCCUCAAUUUGGGAUUCUGGAUUCAUCAGGAAAUUCUUAUCAGGCUGAUAAUAAAAAGAAGUCUUUACAUUGGAGUGAAGAUAGAGGGAAGUCCCUUUUCAAGGAUCCUCAGGAGACCACUAAUGAUGUGAAUGGAAAAUCUUCUGCCCCUGGCAUAACAAUUGGCAGUAAUGCUGUUGAUCCCGGGCCUUCACAAGUUCUAAAGAAAAAUGUGGAUUCAGAAAUCGUGAAAGCGAAUGAGGUUUCAGGUCUACAAAAGAAGCCUCCAGCACAUUCUUCAGGGACUAGACCAGUUCUGUCCUCUAUCGCCAUUGGAAAGCGUGAACAGAAGUGGGCGUCUUCUGAUGGCAACGCGAGUUUUAGUUUCCAAGUUCCAGCAUCAUCUACGGGCGUGUUCUCCGAGCCUCCGACUCCCUCCAUGCCAUCUUCCUCUGCAAACGGUCUGCAUCAGCCGGAAGCUGAUGAACAGUCAACCCCUACCUACAGCUUUGGCUCAAACAAGGGCCCUAAUUCUGCCCUUGUUUUCUCUUUCCCUUCAACGAGCAGCAGCAGCAGCUCCUUACCAGAUGGGACAUCAGAUCUGAAAUUCAAGUUUGGAUCAGACAAGAGCAGUAGGGUUUCUUUCAGCUCCAUAGGGAAAGACUCUGUGUGCUACUGA